GCUGCACUUGAACGCAGCAGCAGCCACUCUUUUCUCUGUGAGUUCAGAAAAAAAACUUUAGACCAAGUUCAGGCUGCAGCGAGGAAACACCGAGGACACACCGAGGACACGAGACACGAGACACGGCCAGCUUUCUGUCCCACAGAGUCUGACGAAGAGUCCAGAGGAACCUGCAGAGAUGCCGGUCACAGAGAAGGACCUGGCCGAGGACGCGCCCUGGAAGAAGAUCCAGCAGAACACCUUCACGCGCUGGAUCAACGAGCACCUGAAAUGCGUCAACAAGCGGAUCGGGGACCUGCAGCUGGACCUGGGCGACGGCCUGAGGCUGAUCGCGCUACUGGAGGUCCUGAGCCAGAAGAAGAUGUUCAGAAAGUAUCACUCCAGGCCAAACUUCAGGCAGAUGAAGCGAAACGUGUCGGUGGCGCUGGAGUUCCUCGAGAAGGAGAACAUCAAGCUGGUCUCCAUCGACUCUAAAGCCAUCGUGGAUGGGAACCUGAAGCUGAUCCUGGGUCUGAUCUGGACUCUCAUUCUGCACUACUCCAUCUCCAUGCCCAUGUGGGAGGGCGAGGAUGCAGAGUCGGAGUCAAAGACACCCAAACAGCGCCUGCUGGGCUGGAUCCAACACAAAGUCCCCGAUCUGCCGAUUACCAACUUCAGCCAAGACUGGAGGAGCGGCAAGGCGCUGGGAGCACUGGUUGACAGCUGUGCACCAGGUUUGUGUCCCGACUGGGAGACCUGGGAUCCAGUCAAACCAGUAGAAAACGCCACUGAAGCCAUGCAGCUGGCCGACGACUGGCUGGGCAUCCCGCAGGUGAUCGCUCCAGAGGAGAUCAUUGACCCCAGUGUGGACGAACAGUCGGUGAUGACCUACCUGUCUCAGUUCCCCAAAAACAAACUGAAGCCUGGUGCUCCACUCAAACCCAAACUCAACCCCAAGAAGGCCAGAGCAUACGGACCAGGUAUCGAACCAACGGGAAACAGGGUUCUGCGUCCUGCCGUGUUCACAGUGGACGCCUUCAGUGCCGGUCAGGGUCAGGUGACCGUCUACCUGGAUCACCCGGACGGCACCAGAGAGGAACUGAAGGCCGAGCCGAACGAGGGCAAGAAGACAUACAGCGUCACCUACAUCCCUCAGGUCGUUGGACUUCACAAAGUGACAGUGAUGUUUGCAGGACAGCAGAUUCCUAAAAGUCCGUUCGAGGUCACCGUGGACAAAUCUCUUGGCGACGCCACCAAAGUCACAGCAAAAGGCCCAGGGAUUGAACCUGUGGGCAUCGUCGCCAACAAACCCACUCACUUUGACAUCUACACAGCAGGAGCGGGUACCGGAGAUGUGACGGCCAUGAUCAGAGACCCUGCAGGCCGUCAGAACAGCGUGGAGGUGAUGAUGGAGGAUAAGGGCGACAGCGUGUACCGCUGCACCUACAAACCGACGCAGGCCGGACCACACGCUGUCACCGUCACCUUUGGAGGGGUUGGGAUCCCCAAGAGCCCCUUCAACGUGGACGUGGGGCCUGCUUGCAUGCCCGGAGCGUGCAGGGCGACCGGGCGGGGUCUCCAGCCGUCAGGACUGAGGGUGAAGCAGGUCGGAGACUUCAAGGUGGACACCAGGAACGCCGGCAGUGGAGACCUGAAGGUUCUCGUCAAAGGACCCAAGGGCACCGAGGAGCCGGUGAAGCAGAUCUCCAGUAAGGACGCCGUGUUCUUGUACGAGUAUAACCCCAAAGCUCCGGGCAAGUACACCGUGACCAUCACCUGGGGGGGUCAGCCCAUCCCUAAGAGCCCGUUUGAAGUGACUGUGGGUCGGGAGGCGGGGCCUCAGCAGAUUAGGGCCUGGGGUCCAGGUCUGGAGGGAGGCGUUGUGGGUAAACCUGCUGCCUUUGUGGUAGAGUCCGUCGGCACAGAUGUGGGGGUGCUGGGUUUUGCCAUUGAGGGACCGUCCCAGGCUAAGAUUGAGUGUGAUGACCGUAACGACGGCUCCUGCGACGUCCGUUACUGGCCGACCGAGCCUGGUGAAUACGCCGUCCACGUGACCUGUGACGAGGAGGAUAUCGAACACAGCCCCUACAUGGCGCUCAUCGUCCCUGACGACAACUCCAGUGACCAAGACAAGGUCAAAGCUUACGGGCCGGGAGUCGAGAAGACCGGCUGCCUUGUCAACCAACCGGCUGAGUUCACUGUCAGUGCUAAGGAUGCUGGGAAAGGACCUCUGAAGAUCACAGCUCUGGACGGAGAAGGAGUCCCCGUGGAGGUGAAGGUGAGGAGUAAAAGUGAUGGCCUGUACUCCUGCGCCUACACGCCCACCUCUUCUCUCAAACACACCGUGUCCGUCGCCUGGGGAGGAGUCAGCAUCCCCGACAGCCCCUUCAGGGUAAAUGUGGGCAAAGGCAGCCACCCCAAGCUGGUGAAGGUGUUCGGUCCAGGAGUGGAGGCGACCGGACUGAAGGCCAACGAGCCCACACACUUCACAGUGGACUGUUCUGGAGCUGGAGACGGUGAUGUCAGCGUGGGCAUUAAGUGUGAAGCCAACAUGGUUGGUGAUAAAGAGGCUGACGUGGACUUUGACAUCAUCCCCAACGCCAACGACACGUUCACCGUCAAAUACGUCCCUCCUGCUGCUGGAAGACUCACCAUCAAAGUCCUGUUCACUGAUAAGGAAGUUCCUCAGAGCCCCUUCAGCGUAAAAGUCGAUCCUUCCCACGAUGCAUCCAAAGUGAAAGCGGAGGGUCCUGGACUGUCUCGCACCGGUAUCGAGAGCGGUAAGCCCACUCACUUCACAGUGCUGACCAAAGGAGCGGGUAAAGCACCGCUGGAUGUUACCUUCUCCACCCCCGUCAAAGACUUUGACGUCAUCGACAACUAUGACUACUCCCAGACUGUCAAAUACACACCUGCACAACAGGGCGAGAUGGCGAUCUCAGUGAAGUUUGGAGGAGAUCCCAUCGCCAAGAGCCCCUUCAAGGUUGACAUCGCUGCUCCGCUGGAUCUGAACAAGGUCAACGUGGACAACAUGGAAGGAAGAGUGGAGGUGAAUCAGGAGCAGCAGUUCAUGGUGGACACAAAGGGUGCAGGAGGUCAGGGUCAGCUGGAGGUGGCAGUGAUGAGUCCCAGUCAGCAGGCCGUCCCCUGUAAGGUCGAGCCUCAGCGCGGUAAACCUGGCGUCAGUCAGGUCCGGUACACUCCCACAGAGGAGGGGGCCCAUGCUGUCAAUGUGACCUACGACGGACACCCAAUCCCAGGGAGCCCCUUCCCUGUGGAGGCCCAGCUGCCUCCAGACCCGAGCAAGGUGAGGGCAUCCGGUCCCGGUCUGAAGGGAGGUCUGGUUGGAAACCCAGCAGAGUUUACCAUCGACACAAAGGGUGCCGGCACGGGAGGUCUGGGUCUGACGGUGGAGGGGCCGACUGAGGCCAAGAUCGAAUGUUCGGACAACGGAGACGGGACCUGCUCUGUCUCCUACCUGCCCACCGAGCCCGGAGACUACCUGGUUAACAUCCUGUUUGAGGAGGUCCACAUCCCAGGCUCGCCUUUCAAAGCCGACAUCCAGAUGCCCUUUGACCCCUCCAAGGUGGUGGCAUCUGGGUCAGGCCUGAAGAGAGCGAAGGUUGGGGAGACCUGUGUGCUGAAUGUGGACUGUUCCCGGGCCGGACCAGGAGAACUGGACCUGGAGGCAGCAUUGGACACCCCGCCAUCCAGUCCCACUGGUUCUUCUCCUCGAUCAGGUGUCAAAGCAAAGACCGAGGUCCUGGACAACAAAGACGGGACCUACACGGUGACCUACGUCCCCCUGUCCUCUGGCAUGUACACGCUGCGGCUGAAGUACGGAGGCAAGGCCGUACCCGGGUUCCCCGCUAAAGUCAUGGCUGAUCCUGCCGUCGACACCUCGAAGAUCAAAGUGUUCGGACCAGGCGUGGAGGGGAAAGCUGUUUUCAGAGAAGCCACCACAGAGUUCACGGUGGAUGCCCGUCCUCUGUCUCGACGAGGAGGAGACCACGUGAAGGCGGAGGUAAAGAACCCAUCCGGAGCGCUGACAGAUUGUGUUGUCAAAGACAAUGGCGACGGGACCUACGGCGUCGAGUACACGCCUUUUGAGAAUGGAGCUCACAGCAUCCAGGUUCUGUAUGACGAAACCCCGAUUCCAAAGAGCCCGUUCAAGGUUUCUGUGUCGGAGGGAUGUGACCCCAGCAGGGUGGUGGCUACAGGCCCCGGACUCCAACAAGCCCUGACCGAAAAACCAAACAACUUCGACAUCGUCACCAGGGGGGCAGGUAUCGGUGGUCUCGGCAUCACCGUGGAGGGUCCUUCAGAGUCGAAGAUGUCCUGCAAAGACAACAAAGAUGGCAGCUGCAGCGUGGAGUACGUGCCCUUCACACCAGGCCUUUACGACGUCAACAUCACGUACGGAGGAGAGCACAUCCCCGGAAGCCCUUUCAAGGUCACAGUGUCAGACAUGGUUGACCCCAGUAAGGUCAAGGUGUCCGGUCCAGGAGUGGGGUCAGGGGUCAGAGCUGACAUCCCACAGUCCUUUGCGGUGGACUGCAGGAAGGCGGGCGUGGCUCCUUUGUCUGUAGCCGUCACUGGUCCCAAAGGUGUUGCGGUGCCCGUGGUGGUGAAAGACAACAAGGACGGGACUUACGCUGCGUCGUACAAGCCGACCGUGGAGGGGCCGCACUCUGUGGUUGUCAAGUACGCAGAUGGGGAGGUCCCCGGCAGUCCCUUCAAGUUUCGGGUUCUGCCGACUCACGAUGCCAGCAAAGUGCGAGCCAGCGGUCCCGGGCUAACGACAGGCGUCCCCGCCAGCUUCCCUGUAGAAUUCAACAUUGACGCCAAGGACGCUGGCCAGGGUCAACUGAGCGUGCUCAUCACCGACCCGGAUGGUAAACCGAAGCAGCCCACCAUCCAUGACAACCUGGACGGUACUUAUCGGGUGUCUUACAUCCCUGACCGUACAGGCAGGUACACCAUUGUGAUUAAGUAUGGCGGCGACGACAUCCCUGCAUCGCCCUACAGAGUCCGAGCCGCAGCGAGCGGAGACGCCAGCAAGUGCACCGUCACCGGUCCUGGUGUGGGUCCUACGGUGGCCAUCGGCGAGGAGCUGGGCCUUGUGGUAAACGCGAAGGGUGCCGGGAAAGGGAAGGUGAGCUGCGUGGUGGUUCAGCCCGACGGCAGCGAGGUGGAGGCAGAGGUGCUGGAAAACGAGGACGGCACCUUCGACAUCUUCUACACUGCACCGGCGCCCGGGAACUACGUUAUCUAUGUGCGCUUCGGAGGAGAGAACAUCCCGCGCAGUCCCUUCAAAGUCAUGGCGACUGAUGAGGUACCCAUGAUGAAAGAGACGGCUCUUCAGCAAACGGCCGGCCCCCCUGGAGCUGGCUUCCAGCCCUGGGUGACGUCAGACAGACUGGAGGCAAACAGGAGCAGCGUUAACGGGAGCGGCUUCAGACCGUUUGACAUGGUCAUACCUUUCGCCUUCAGGAAGGGAGAGAUCACAGGUGAGGUGCUGAUGCCUUCGGGGAAAUCAGCUCAGCCGCUGAUCACAGACAACAUGGACGGGACAGUCACAGUACAGUACUCGCCCACUGAGGCCGGCCUGCACGAGAUGCACAUCAAAUACAACGGCACACACAUCCCAGAGUCUCCCCUCCAGUUCUACGUCAAUCACUCCAGUAGUGCUAAUGUCACAGCCUACGGUCCUGGUUUGAGCUACGGCAUCGCCAAUAAGAUGGCCACGUUCACUGUCUUCACAGAUGACGCCUCUGAAGGCGGUCUGGACCUGGCGAUCGAGGGUCCAUCCAAAGCAGAGAUCAGCUGUGUGGACAACAAGGAUGGAACAUGCAGUGUCAGCUACCUGCCCACUCUGCCCGGAGACUACAAUAUCCUGGUCAAGUACAACGAAGAUCACAUUGCAGGCAGCCCGUUCACCGCCAGGAUCACCCCGGAUAACCAGCGCCGCUCCCAGGUGAAACUGGGCUCCGCUGCAGAUUUCUCUCUGGAUAUCAGCGAGACCGAUCUGAGCCUGCUGAGCGCCAGCAUCAAGGCGCCAUCCGGCCGAGAUGAGCCCUGCCUGCUGAAGAGGAUGGCCAACAACCACAUCGGUAUCUCCUUCAUCCCCCGGGAGGUGGGGGAGCACAAAGUCAGCAUCCUGAAGAACGGCCUCCACAUCCCCAACAGUCCCAUCACCAUCAUGGUCGUCCAGUCUGAGAUCGGCGACGCCAGCGCCGUCAGAGCUCACGGAGACGGCCUCGUCCAGGGAACAACUUUCACCGACACCAGCUUCGUGGUCGACACGAGGGAUGCUGGUUAUGGGGGUCUAGCUCUGUCUAUAGAAGGACCCAGUAAAGUGGACAUCCAGACAGAGGACAUAGAGGACGGGACAUGUGGAGUCACAUACUGUCCGACUGAACCGGGGAACUACAUUGUCUCGAUCCGCUUCUCAGAGGAACAUGUUCCAGGAAGUCCGUUCACAGUGCGGGUAACAGGUGAGGGUCGUAUCCGGGAGAGCAUCAUCCGAAAACAGAAAGCAGCUUCAGUCGCCAGCGUGGGGAGUGUGUGUGACCUCAGUCUGAAGAUACCAGCGAUCGACAUGAAGGACGUCACCGCUGAGGUCACCAACCCCUCCGGAGCCGGGCAGCCGGCCGAGCUGGUGGCUGCAGGUAACGACACCUACUGCGUGCGCUUCGUUCCCACAGAGAUGGGUGUGCACAGUGUGAGUGUGAAGUACAAGGGUGUGCACGUGCCCGGAAGCCCUUUCCAGUUCACCGUGGGGCCGCUGGGAGAGGGCGGGGCCGCCAAAGUGAAAGCGGGAGGUCCAGGACUGGAGGGAGCGCUGGCAGGGGAGCCAGCUGAGUUCAGUAUCUGGACGAGAGAGGCAGGAGCUGGUGGUCUGGCUAUCGCAGUAGAAGGACCCAGCAGGGCGGAAAUCUCCUUUGAGGACCGCAAAGACGGAUCCUGUGGGGUCUCUUACAUCGCCCAGGAGCCUGGUGAUUAUGAGGUUUCUGUGAAGUUCAACGAGCAGCACAUUCCCGACAGCCCGUACCUGGUUCCCGUCGUUGCUCCAGCGAAUGACGCUCGCCGCCUCACUGUUACCGGCCUUCAGGAGUCUGGUCUGAAGGUGAAUCACCCAGCAUCCUUUGCAGUGCGUCUAAACGGAGCAAAGGGAAAGAUGACAGCCAAAGUCCACAGUCCCUCUGGAGCGCUGGAGGAGUGUGCCGUCACUGAGCUGGAGAAAGACAAGUAUGCCGUGCGGUUCAUCCCCAGGGAGAACGGCAUCCACACCAUCGAUGUCAAGUUCAACGGGUCGCAUAUACCAGGAAGUCCUUUCCAGGUCAGAGUCGGAGAACCAGGACAGACAGGAGAGCCUGGUCUGGUUUCAGCCUAUGGAGCUGGACUGGAGAGAGGCACAACAGGUAAUCAGUCGGAGUUCAUCAUCAACAACACUAAGGCAGGCCCCGGGGCCCUGGGCGUAACCAUCGAGGGUCCAUCCAAAGUAAAGAUGGACUGCCAGGAGGUCCCAGAGGGUUACAAGGUUCACUACACUCCCAUGGCACCUGGAAACUACCUGAUCAGUGUCAAAUACGGGGGGCCGAACCACAUCAGUGGUAGUCCCUUUAAGGCGACAGUAACAGGUCAACGUCUGGUGAACGUGACCAAUGCCAGCGAGACCUCAACACUAAUGGUGGAUCCAGCGAUAAGAGCGUCCAGAAGCAGCUUCAGUCAGAGUGCCAUGCCAAGGCCGGGUGAUUCAGACGCUAGUAAGGUUCUCAGUCGGGGCCCCGGCCUGAGCAAGGCCUUUGUGGGCCAGAGGAGCAGCUUCUCUGUGGACUGCAGUAAGGCUGGUAAGAACAUGCUCCUGGUGGGCGUGCACGGCCCUCAGGUCCCCUGUGAGGAGGUUCUGGUCAAACACUUGGGUAACCUGCAGUACAACGUGAGCUACGUGCUGAAGGAGCGGGGAAACUACAUCCUGGUGGUGAAGUGGGGCGAGGACCACAUCCCAGGCUCCCCUUUCCAUGUCACCGUCCCAUGAUGCACCAAGUAACCUGCUGACACUCCACCAACACCCACACCCACGCCAUUUUUUCAUACCUAUUUGAGCAGACAAAUUUGCAGCACUGCAGAAGACUAAUAAACAAAGUUGCUUUAUAAUGCUUUAUGUGCUUAUGUAGUUCUCAUUUCCAAUCAGAUGUUUCGACGACUUUCUGCCCUGAAACUGAAUAACCUAUCACAAUGUCCGUUGCCUGUUAAACUGCCCUUUCAAACGUUGGACUACAACAAAUUGAAGUCAUCUGUGAAUGUAUUUUCGGUAGUGAAUCAGAGGCCAAAUGUUGAAAGUGGUAGUUUAAAGAAUUUGCCUUAAGCUCCAGUUGUAAAGAAAGAUUUAAGCUGCUCGGGAAUAAUCAAUUGAUGAAUCUUGCACUUGACUUGACGAUGGUUUUAACACUUAAAUGCUGGAUUUUACAUGACAAGUUGAUGAGCAUGUCCUGACACAUAAUAUUCUGGAUUUGUAAAAGGUUUGGGCUGAGUGGAGAUAAACUUUUCAAGUGCUCACGCUCAGAAAAAUAACUGGAAUCACACAGCACUUUGUUUGAGGAGGAAACUAAAAAUAAGGGACGUUUUAAUCCUGGGAGGUUUAUCGGUUGAUUGUGGACCAGGAAGCACAGAGAGGAACUGAAUCUUCCAAAGGGGAACCAGCCAAAAAAUGACUAAAUCUGUGGUAGUGAAGUUAACUUAAAAUGACAAAGUGCUGUGAAAGAAACCUCUAAAUCAAGACAAUUCAAUGUUCUGUCUGUACGUUUGUUUCUUUUAAGUGUUGCUCGGUCAGACUUGCAUUGACUGGAGCGUCUAAAUGUACCUGACUACUGAUGUUUGUUGUUGAUUUUUUGCUCUGUCAGAAUCCCAUGCAUAACGUUGCCAAAAUAAAUCAGUGACUGUUAAAAAGCUGCCUUCACACUACUGGAUCCUGCACUGUACAAUAGACUACUCUUUUACGCAGUAGAGUUGUGGGUUCGUAGCUGUUCUGUUUUGUCCCUCCAGCUGUAUUUUCACACAAACACAUCUGACUUCUAACUUUGCGGCUCAGUUUUGAUCUGAUUUACGAGAUCCAGCUCUCUUGUUUGGAUGAAAUCAUGACAGAAAAUCCUCCUCCUUUUCUCUACCAGUAACUCUCUGCCUGUACGGUAACAUCAGAUCACUACAUCACUACAUUAAACAAAUAAAGCAUCAAAAGCAGAUCUGAGCUUAAAGAUGAGAAGUCAGGCUUUUGAUUUGUGUGUAAAUCCUGUCGAUGAAUCUGUCUGUGUGUCUCGAGAUGUUUCCUAAUCAUUGCUACUUUUGAUACUUAAGGGAUAAGAGGAUUUUUGUAUGGGGAAAAAAAGAACCUUUGGUUUUUUCUAUUAGGUAAUGGGUGUUGUAAUGUGAAACUAAAACAUGACAUGGUGUACAUUUGAUAAUUAAAAUCAACUGGAAUGAAGA